AUGAGGACUGCCCUGGUCUUCGCCUGCCUGCUGGGGAUGGCCUGCGCCUUCUCGGUCAAGAGCUGGCUGCGGCGAGCCAAGUCGGACGACUCGGAAGAAAACGCGGUGUUCAAGAACAGGCACCGGUAUUACCUGUACAGAUACGCUUACGUGCAUCCCCCCCAGCGAUGGUACCAGGGCAGUGACUCAUCGGAGGAAGAGGGGGACGGCUCGGAGGAGGAGGAGGAAGGCGGGGAGAUGUCCCACGCUGGCACCCAGGCAGCUGGUCACCCCGCCGGAGCAGUCCUCGGGGACAGCCAGGGUGGGAUGGGAGGAGAUGUCACGUCCCCCCAGCAGGGCAAGGGCUGCCAAGGGCCCCCGAAGGGGGGCAGGAACAGCGCUGCUGGCAAGGGGGGCGACUCCGAAAAUGAAGACAGCGACGAGAAUGAGGAGGAGGAGGAAGAGGAAGAAGAGGAGGUAGCUGAGAACGAGAAUGGCGUCAACGGCACAAGCACCAACACCACCGAGGGCGCGGGCGGACCUUACGGCAAUGGCACCGCGGUGGCGGAGGAGGAGGAGGAGGAGGAAGAAGAAGAAGAGGAGGAGGAGGAGGAGGAGGAAACCGAAGCCACCACCGUCGCCAGCACCACCAGUGAAGAGGGGUUGUCCCAGGCGACCACCCUGGGAGAUGUGGGACCCACGGAUGCCACCACAGCCGGGGAGCAGUGGGAGUACGAGGUGACGGCCGGGGGCCGCGGCCGGGGGGAUGAAGGCACCACCGAGGGCAGCUACGGGGAGCAGGACGAGUACGCCCGCGGGGACAGCUACCGGGCCUACGAGGACGAGUACGGCUACUACAAGGGGCACGGUUACGACGUGUACGGCCAGGAUUACUACUACAGCCAGUGA